GAAUGUUUAUGUGUAGAGAAACAGCUUCUCUUCUAAGAUGGCAUGACGAGGAGCGCAUUAAGGAUGGUGCAUUAAGACAUCCUGCUGAUGCACCGGUGUGGAAGAGGUUUGAUGAAAAGUUCCUAGGAUUUGCAUCAGAAUCACGUAAUAUUCGUUUUGGUUUGGCUACUGAUGGAUUUAAUCCAUUUGGGAUGAUGAGCUCUACACAUAGUUGUUGGCCUGUUAUAUUGGUGGUAUAUAACCUUCCUCCAUGGCUUUGCAUGAAAGAUCACAACCUUAUGCUCUCUUUAUUGAUUCCUGGUCCUAAAAGUCCUGGAGAUAGAAUUCAUGUGUUCCUUGAGCCACUCUUGGAUGACCUAAAGGAAUUAUUUCUAACCGGCUUGUACACAUAUGAUGCAUCAAGAGAUGAGAGUUUUACUAUGCGAGGGGCCGUGCUUAUGACCAUAAGUGAUCUUCCUGGUUUAGGAAUGCUUGCUUCUCAUAUGGUUCAUGGGAAAUUCGCAUGCCCUCCUUGUGGUGAAAAUGUAUGGACAAAACAGCUGAAGAAUGGUCGUAAAUCUUGUUUUAUGGGGAAUCGCCAAUAUAUUGAUCUUGAUCAUUCUUAUCGCUUGGAUGCAGACUCAUUUGAUGGAACGAUAGAGCUUCGAACAAAACCUAAAACCUAUUAUGAUCGUCCAAUUUUGGAUGAAAUCAUCACACUUGGUGAUUUCAAGAACUCAAAAACUUACAAGUCAGUUAGUAGUCUAUUCAAAUUGCCAUAUUGGGAUGAUAAUAUUCUUCGAUACAAUCUUGAUGUGAUGCAUAUAGAGAAGAAUGUAUUUGACAAUUGUUAUGGUACAAUAUCCAAUUUGGAUGGAAGGACAAAAGAUAACCUACAAGCUCGUCUAGAUCUUGUCGAGAUGAACAUUAGACCGGACCUCCAUCCACAAGAAAAACCUUCAGGAAAGUUUUACUUGCCACCAGCUUUAUUUGCUAUGUCUAAAAGUGAGAGACGAGCAUUUUGUGAUUUUCUUAGAAAGGUUAAAGUUCCUGAUGGUUAUUGUAGAAACAUAUCAAAAUGUGUUAAUGUUACUGAAGGAAAGAUUGUUGGCCUUAAAACACAUGACUGUCAUGUCCUGAUGCAGCAGCUCAUGCCUAUUGGUUUGAGGGGUCUUCUUCCAGAUGAUAUCACAGCUGUAAUAUUUGAGUUGUCUGCUUAUUUUCGAGGGAUAUGUUCUAAAGUGCUUCAUGUUAACGAGUUGGACCAUAUGGAAAAAUCAAUUGGCAUUACUCUAUGCAAAAUGGAGAUGAUCUUUCCACCAGGGUUUUUCACGGUUAUGGUUCAUUUAGUAGUCCAUCUAGCAACUGAAUGUAAGCUUGGUGGACCAGUUAACUAUAGAUGGAUGUAUUUUAUUGAGAGGUACCUAGGAAAAUUGAAAUCAUAUGUUCGGAACAAAGCAUAUCCAGAAGCUUCAAUAGCAAAUUCAUUCUUGGCAGAUGAGUGUAUGGUGUUUUGUUCUAGGUACAUAGAAGGUUUCGCUACCAAGCAUAAUAAACCAUCACGGAACGAUGAUAGUUUGGACCAUACCCAAUUGAAGAUGGUUGGACAAGAUUCAUCUUUAUUCCCUUCAGUAGGGAAAUCAUUGGGAAAACCAGCCAAUUUUGAAUUAAGUCAUCUAGAGAAAUUGCAAGCGCAUAGAUAUGUGUUGUACAAUUGUGAUGUUGUUAAUCCAUAUCUAAAGGAACAUGCUUCUAAUCUGAAACGAAAGAGACGCGACCGUCGCCUAACUCCUAAAGAUAUUGAGCAGAUACAGAAUAAAGAAUUUCCAGAAUGGUUUAGACAACAUAUCUUGCAUUUAGAAGAAACAAAUGGACCCGACAGCAUUAACGAAGACAUUAGAUGGUUGGCACGAGGUCCAUUGGAGUUUGCAAGAAGACAUAGAGCAUAUAACAUACGUGGGUUCAGAUUUAGGGCCAAAAGGUAUGAUAAGGCGACACAAAAUAGUGGAGUUGUUGUCACUGCAAAGACCUCUAGCUAUUCUUCAGCUGGUGAUAAUAAGCCUAUACUUGGAGAUAUUUUGUAUUAUGGCAGGAUUCUUGAUAUCAUAGAGAUUGAUUAUUAUGGAAGAUUUUCAGUGGUACUGUUUAAAUGUUAAUGGGUUGAUGUCACUCGAGGAAAGGGAGUUAAAAAGGAUAAGUUUGGCUUAUCCCUUGUGAAUUUCUCACAUCAAAUUCACAGAGGUGAUAGAAUUGAGCAUGAACCAUUUGUGUUUGCCAAUCAAGUUGACCAAGUGUUCUACUUGGAAGAUCGGACGAACCCUGGGUGGUCAGUUGUCUUGAAGAUGAAGCCCAGAGAUGUAUAUGACAUGGGAGAAGAUUGGAAUGAUGUACAAUCUGAACCUUUUCAUGUCAGCAAGCUUGGGGACCUGUUUAAGAAUGCACACGACAACCAUUCAUGGACUAGAAGUGAUAUGGAAGGCUAUACGGUAGAUGGAACUGCUAAAGACCAUGACAUUGGUAGUGAUAUAGAAGAUGAGUGCUAAAUAAGAAUACUCCAUCAGUGAAUGCAAAUUGUUGGAAGCAAUUGCAGUAGAGUUAUGUUUUAGUUUUUUCGAUGGAAAUCAACAUGGACACCAGGGAUCAUGUGCCUGUCAAGGUCCUCGACAAGGCAAAGGUUCACAAGAACAAACUAGCUGAACAGCUCAAGGAAUGUAGCUCAAAGAACCUGUUGUUGUGCAGAUCUCCCUAGCAAAUACAAGCCUAGAAAGAAGCAUUGCUUGACCGCUUCGACCAUCGGCGCUGGUGGCAGCCUGGACAAAGCUCCUUGUCGAAGCACCAAGACGACAAGACUCAUCAACAGCGAGAACUAGGAGUAUAGACAGAUGGUGUGGAGAUCUCUUGUACAAAUAUGAGGACAAAUUGUAGGGCAUUGAACUACCGCGUAGCUUAGUGCUGACUGUUAGUUUUGGGGUGCUUCCUUUUCAAUGUUGUGUUUGCUGACUGUUACAGUUGGGCUACCAGUUUGCUAAUUAUUAUUUGUGUCGAUGGUGAUUAAUGUGAACUCUAUGCUGAACACCUUGUACAUAAAUGAGAUGUUGGCCA